AUGUCUUUGGAACUGCCCAUCCCGGAUACGCGCGUCCUGGCCGUCGCCAGUCAUUCCCUCGGCUGCGACGUCGCGGCCCUCAACACCGUCCAGUUCAGCUACAGACAAUGGAAGGGUACCAAGGUAUCCGCGCAGGAGAUCCGGGACCUCUUUGAGGGCCUCAAGCAGUCGUACCUCGACGACUUUGACAUGAUGCUCUCGGGCUACAUCCCGGGCGCCGAGGCCGUGGUGGCCGUGGGCGACAUCGCAAAGGAGCUCAAGCGCAAGCAGGCCGCCGCGGGCACGCCCGGCGGCUUCUUCUGGGUCCUGGACCCCGUCAUGGGCGACAACGGGAGGCUGUACGUCGCCGAGGAGGUCGUGCCCGCGUACCAGUCGCUCGUCGAGUACGCGGACCUGAUCCUCCCGAACCAGUUUGAGGCCGAGUAUUACCGCAUCCCCCACGUCGUCAUCACCUCAGUCUCCCUCGCCUCUCCCGACCACCCGCCGUCGCACCUGUCCGUCGUCGGCUCCAGCAUGUCGCCCGCCACCGGCGAGCCGCGCCUCUUCAAGAUCGUCUUCCCAGCCAUCGACGCCUACUUCUCCGGCACGGGCGACAUGUUCGCCGCGCUGAUGACGGUGCGCAUGCGCGAGGCCGUUAUCGCCGCCGCCGCCCCCGGGGACGAGGGCCCGCUCAAGGACCGCAAGUCGUGGCUCAGCGGCGACGACGUUGACGCGCUGGAGCUGCCCCUGGCGAGGGCCGCCGAGAUGGUGCUCGCGAGUAUGCACGAGGUGCUGGCGCAGACGGCGCAAGGGAUGCAGGACGCCGUGCGGGCCGCCGGGGUCGACGACACGACGGAGGAGGGGCGGAGGAGGCUGCAUCUGCUCAAGAGCAAGAGCGCCGAGCUUAAGCUCGUGAGGAACCUGGCGAGUCUGAGGGAGCCCGUCGUUGAGUUCCGGGCGAGGAAGCUGUAG